AUGGCGGUGAAGGGUUACUUCCGGGCGCCGAGGCUCCACGGGCGGAAGCAGCAGCAGGCGGAGCUGUACGGCGGGGAGAGCCCGAGCGCCGCGCUGCUGGACGUCGGCGACGAGAUGGCGGCGGCGGUGCCCAGGUGGUACUUCGCGGUGUACGUGGGCCCCGAGGCGCGGCGGUUCGUGGUGCCGACGAGCUACCUCCGCCAGCCGGCGUUCCGGGACCUCAUGGAGCGCGCCGCCGAGGAGUUCGGCUUCGCGCAGGCCGGCGGCAUCCGCAUCCCGUGCCGCGAGGACUUCGAGGCCAUCGUCGCCGCGCUCGACGACGCUGCUGCGGCGCGCCGGCGGCGGCGAAAUUGCCCAAGGCCUGAUUUUAUCAGAAAACAGAAUGUUAAAGAUCUUCUGCUCUUCCAGUUUGCAACAAGAUAUAUUCUUUGGGCUGGCAGCACUGGAUUACUUAUUGGUGACGACGACGAUAUGUCUAUCUGUCACAAUACAUGUGAAGAAGAUUUCAAGCCUUUGUGA